UUUGAGAGCUGCCUAUGCGCACACGCACACACACACACACACACACACACACACACACACUCGUGCGUGUCGGCUUAGUUUCUGGACAAGACGAGGGCUGCGCUGAAGGUUUGCUGGGGUUUCACUGGCACUGCUUACAUUACAAGGCUCCAGGAUUCAGGAACCGGGAGAGAACACCUGAAUUUGAGAGAAGGUGCCCUUUAAUUUACAGGCUGACAUGGAGCUGCAGGACAUGGACAACACGGCUGGGAAUCACGAGACCAAGAUCCUGUUAGGGCGACCUUCUUGUAAACCAGAGUCGUACGACUACAUUUUGGUCGGCAAAAAAAUCGACAACGAGGAGGCGGAGACAUUUAAGAAGCAAAAGGCUUUCAUAGAAGAGCUAAAAGCGAAGAACUUUGAUGUGAAAGUUGUUUGCCGGGAAAACAAAGACGGGGACAAGUUGUUCUAUGGAAUCCGUGCCCCCGAGGACAUUUUUGAGAAGUACAGGUACCUGCUGAAGGUGUCUGACUCCUGCAACGGGAGCAGGGAGCUGCAAGGGGACGUUCUCCUGUCCACCAGAAUAAGGAUCGUCCACUUCGUCCUUCACAACACAUUCAUUAAGACCGGAGAGAAGCUGUCGGAGCUCAUGAAGCGAGGUGUGUUUGAGACCAAGUUCUGCCUGCAUGAGAAAAAUGAGCAGAAGACAUUGACAAGCAAAUGGGCUCGAUGGACUGCUUCCUUCAGAAGGCAGCCCAUCUCUGAUGUCAGGGACUACUUCGGCGAGAAGGUUGCCCUGUACUACGUGUGGCUGGGCCUGUACACGACUCUGCUGAUCCCAGCGGCCACCUUGGGAAUCAUCGUGUUCCUCUACGGCAUGGCGUUCUUCGAAACCAGCCCCCUCAUUAAGGAGGUGUGCGAAGCUGACACCAUCAUGUGCCCCCUCUGCGACAAGAAGUGCAAAGUGUGGCAGCUUUCAGACACGUGUACAUAUGCCAAGGUGAGCCAUCUCUUUGACAAUGAAGGGACCGUGGCCUUUGCUAUGUUCAUGGCAGUGUGGGCCACCGUGUUCCUGGAGCUCUGGAGGAGGCAGCGAGCUGUGCAUGUCUCUGGGUGGAAUGUCUCCGAGUGGGAUGAAGACGAGGAGGAGCUCAUACUGGGUAUGGUGAAUGAUCCACGCUAUUCUCCCAAGAAGUACGAGCAGUCCUGCCUCCGCAGCACUGUGGUGCUCAUCCUGGUCACGCUCAUGCUGAUGUUGAUCAUCGGCCUAGCGCAGGCGUUAGUGAUUUUCCGGGUGGCGGCCACCGGCCUUUUGUCGGAGGGGUCGUCGCAGUUUAUGAAGGACAACGCCAACACCUUUGCUGUCAUUAUGGGUGCUGUGCUGCACUACCUCACCAUCAUCAUCAUGACCAAGGUCAACAGGAGAGUGGCCUUGCUGCUGUGUAAAAUAGAGAAGACGAGAUCAUUCGUGACCACAGAGCGCAGCUUCACGGUCAAGAUGUUCACCUUUCAGUUCUUCACCCUCUUCUCCUCUCUGUUCUACGUGGCCUUUUUCCUGGGCAGGAUCAAUGGGUACCCAGGCAAAUAUUCACGGAUUUCAGGGAAGUGGAGGUUGGAGGAGUGCCACCCCACUGGCUGUCUCACAGACCUCUUCAUCCAGAUGGCCAUCGUCAUGGUGCUGAAGCAGAUCAUCAACAAUAUCUUUGAGUUCAUUGUACCCUGGAUCAGUGGGGUGUUGAAGAAUAAGCAAACCAAGGAAUUGUCAGAUGGUGCCCUCCACUGUAAGAAGGACUGCAGUAGAAUGGAAAAGGGGCCAUGUGACAAUUGCAAGCUCAUUGACUGGCUGAGCAACUACAACCUCAAAGAUGUCAACGUCUUCAGUGUCUUCAACGAGUUCAUAGAAAUGAUAAUUCAGUUCAGCUUCACAACCAUCUUUGUGGCAGCCUUCCCCUUGGCUCCGCUGCUGGCGCUCUUCAACAAUGUCAUCGAGAUCCGGUUGGACGCCAUCAAGAUGGUCAGUUUGGAGCGCCGGCUCAUUGCCAAUAAGACCAACAAUAUUGGUAUGUGGGACAGGGUCCUGGAGGUGAUCGGCGUGCUAGCAGUGAUUGCCAACGGGCUGGUCAUUGGCAUCACGUCAGACUUCAUCCCCCGUUUGGUGUACCGCUACCACUAUGGCCCCUGUGCUACUGGAGAGGCCACAGAUGUCCACUGUAUGACAGGUUACAUCAACCACUCCUUGUCCACUGCGUACAUGAGCAAUGAAGCUGUCCGCCGUGACUUUGAACCUCACCAGCUGGUUACCUAUAACGGCCUUAUCAUCACCCACUGCAGGUAUAAAGAUUACAGAAAUGAUGUGAACUAUGAACUCACGUCCCAAUUCUGGCUCGUUCUGGGGGCGCGGUUUGCCUUCGUCAUCCUGUUUGAGCACAUUGUCUUGAUUUUCAAGUUCAUUGCGGCUUGGCUACUCCCCGACUGCCCACUGCAGGUCAAGAACAGCAGACUGGAAGACAAGUUCAGCAGGCUGAGAGAAGAGCUGGUGUCUUUCAGCAACAAAGGGGCCGAGGAUGAGACAGACGGGUCAACAAAGGCAUGACAAGAGAGACUGUGAGGAGAAGGAGCUUGUGUGAGAAGCUUGGGUGAGACUCACCUUCUUGGCCGUCAAGUGUGCAUCAGAAUUGGUGGACGAGGACAAGUUAAGCGGGAUAACUGCUCUGCUUUGGUCUUCUUUCUCCUGUCCCUGUGAGAAAGGACAAGUUACUCAAAGGUGCUCAAAGUGAUCCUACCUCCCCAUCCCACCAGUUUACUGAUGUAUUUCACCCUAUUACAGAGUAACCUGCACUUAACAUAGCAAAUGCUCCACAGAAACCACACUGUCGAAUAUUCCUGGAAAGGCUGGGGGACAAAAGUCUCCUUAGCAACGAUAGUAAACGACUAAGAGUUUCCUAGAAACUGGGAUAAAGACUUGAGUCACCUGAAGGCAAGAAACUGUUUACCUGUUUACCCGAUAUGUGUCACACACUUUUCCAGAUCCCUCCUAAAUCAGAUACCCUGUGGCCUCUUGGUCCAAAUCUAAAAGAAUUUGUUUCCUUUCUAUUUUUCAGAUAGUAUGCU